AGAACACCAUUCGGUUGUAGAUCUAUGACUAGUCUUCGGUACGUUCCAAUCUAAUGCAGAUCUGAUCAAAGGUUGCAUUUUCACACAGUAUCAAUCUCAGAAGAGCCUAGUAUCCAGAACUGGGAACAUGGAGAGCUAUGAUGACGUGUUUCCAGCCUAUAUUGACGAUCAAUAUUCAUACCACUACCAUCACAAUGGCAGUAUCGACUACUUCUCUUAUUAUUCAUAUUCUCAAUAUUUCUAUCAAUUCGAUUUCGGUUUCAAUCACCAGGAUCGUCAAGUGAUAUACAUCGUAGGCUUUUUCUUCAUUCUUCUUCUUGUCAUCUUUGGGUUGCUCAGUAAUACGUUCCUGCUUUAUGGCAUCGUCAGGUUCCCGCGCAUUCGCCAAGAUGUCCAACACAUCUUCAUCACUAACAUGACCAUCGUAUGUAUCAUGUAUUUGGUCCUUGUUGGAAUUCCAGCAUUGUUUAUCACGGGUUUGGAGGCAUUUGCCCAUUCAGUGGCAUUCCACGUUAAAACCGGAAAUAGCAUGAUAUACAUACAGAUCUUCUAUCAAAUUAUUCAUACGGCGGUACUCUUUCACCUCGCCUCAAUGAUCACUGCUCUUGCCUUUGACCAGUAUCUCUUCGUGGUUUAUCCCGUCGUUGCUCGUAAAUGGAGGACACCUCGGAAUGCUGUCAUCGCGUGCAUCAACUUGUGGAUAGUCGGUAUGGUGGUAGCACUCUUGGAUGGUUUGACGUUCAUCAAUAUAUUUAAGGGUGUAUCGGAUACCGUGAUGCUCAUUAAGGACUCACUCAUCUUCAUCUUAUUCUGUCUGGUUCCAAUCAUCUUGACCAUUGUUUUCAACAUGAAAGUAUGGCACGCCAUGCACAGUGCUCGUACUGCCACAGUGAAAGACAACCACCAGGCUAACAACGCACGACGCUUCACGCAACUUGGAGAAGAGAACGGCGGUGUCCCUGGGGCUCUUAUCCGAGCACAAGAUUUGCCCAACAAUCUUGCUAUCUUCUGGUCCUUUGUCGUUUUCUGGACUCUAUACCACAUCGUCCAUCUAAUCAUUUCGUUCACAUGGGCCCUAAAACGGUUUGAUCACUGGAUAUACUUCAAUAAUAAGGACGGGGUCAUGAUCAUCGUCGGCGACAUCGCAGUGCAUUUCAACGUUGCUCUUAAUCCUCUCUUUUACGUUCUCUGCAACCCCAAGUUCCGUCAACAUCUGUAUCGUGUUGUCUAUGCAUUGACAAAAGGCAAUUCGCCUUACUCGGGUCAUAUCGACGAAACAACUAUAGGUACAGAUGAAUAAACAAAAUAAAAGACUUGAGUAGGACUAUGAAAAAAAGUUUAUAGGAUUGUUUGACUGCUAAAUCGGUUAAGAAGACAUGUGUUGAAGACAUUUCGGGGAGAUAAGACCAUCACUUUGGACAGGUGACAGGUCCAUGCACGGUACU